AUGUCUUUUCCAUCUGAUGUCCCUCUGAAGCUACCGCGAUACAAGUACAAGCCACUGGAACGCAACAAGAAGCAAAUGCGCCUGAUUGAACUGAGUCCAAUGCUCGAAGAGGGCACAAUACACUGCACGCUUGAGGCGUUCGACUUCGCAGAAUUACCUGGAUAUAUUGCUCUGUCAUAUACAUCAGGACCUCCCACGCCGGUCCACGGCGUUGAGAUCGACGAAUGCCAUAUCACCGUCAGAGAGAAUCUCUAUCACUUUUUGCAGCAAUACCGGAAAGAAGAUGAGCCCGAGGUAUACUUGUGGAUUGAUCAAAUAUCCAUUGAUCAAUCGAACAUCGACGAGCGAAGCAGUCAGGUCCAGUUCAUGCGUGACAUCUACCAGAAGAGCGACUCGGUCAUAACAUGGCUUGGCGAUGGAUCAAGUACGGAGUCGACACGCAUGCGCUACGAAGCUGCGAAGCAAUUCAAUGAAACAAAAGGCAUAAAAUCUUUGGCGAACAUUUGCAACAUGAGUAUUUCAACCGAUUAUGGGUCAUUUAAGAGAUUCUAUUCGGAAAAGAUCUCAGAGUACUUGUACACGACGUGUGGACCUCAUGGCGCCAGAUGA